GAUGACAAGUCGCCAUGGAAGUGAAAACAAUGUAUAAUGUUACAUGAAAGUGGCUAAACGUGUGUUCAAUCUGUAACGUGUAAUUAAUGGUAAAUGAGUGUAAAACUAACGUGGGAAAAAGCCGCUACAUAUUAUUUUCAUUUUAGUUGUUUGUUUAUUAGCUUUCGGCUAAUAACUACAUGGUAUCGCUGCUGUAAACAUUCGUUCAACAGAUGCAUGGUUACUCUAAUAAGUGUUUUAACAUAGGUUUGCUGCAAUCGUGGCUGUCUUCAAGCAAGCAAAGAUUCUGGGGGCAGUAAGUCAUGUCCGUUGGCAGUUUGAGGCACAGCUCGGGGCCCGGCAGCUACAGGCAUGGAACCAGCCGGAGCAGCAGCCAGAGGUCGUCCUACGAGGAGCGCUGUGUCGACCCAGUGGAAGACAGGCUUCCCAACCCGGAGCCAAAGUUAGCCCACAAAGCUCACCUGAAGGAUGCUAACAGAAAGGAGUCUGAGACCAUUGGCUUCAUUCCUGGCUCAGCUGACCCGUCCUCUGCGACACAAACGUGCAAUCCUUGCUCUCCUCAGAGGAGCUGUAGGAGCUUUGUGUGCAGCGUGCUCACCUGCGGAUUGUACCGGGUCUGCCAGCGUUCCGUCUUCGCUCCGUGCCUGGCGCCGAACGAGAGCUCCCCAGACGAACCGGAGAAGGUGAGCCUCCGAUCUGUGAACCCGGAAGGCGACAAAGAGGAGGACGGCACAGACUGGCUAGGCGACGUCCGCAUCGCUGGAGUCAAAGUCGACACUACGAGAGAGUACUUGGAUGUUGUAACUAAAUCUCCAUCGUAUGUGCCUCCGCCCGGUGGUCAAACACAGCCCAGCCACCCGUCUCUGCAUGAGUCCAUGAGGUUCGACGGCUGGGAAGAUGGCGAGGAGGACGUGGACUCCCUGAUUGCAAAGAAGCUGCUGGAGCUCUACUCUGAGUAUCAGAUCGAAGAGUUGGCCAGGUGCACCACGGACUCUGUGUUCCUGAAGAAGAGCAAGGCCAUCAACCAGCUCAUCAACUCGCUGGCCGAGGAGCACAAUAUGGGCGAGCAGGAGGCGGAGUGUCGGCUGGUGCGCGGCAUCAUUCGCAUCAGCACUCGGAAGAGCAGCAAGAGGAGGCCACACGUCUCCCGGGUGGAGAGGACGCUGUCGGACAGCGGGAACGAGACGAUGAGGGAGAGCGAUUCCUUCUCCUUCAGCAACAACAAUGAUUACAAAUCAAAUCCAAACAUCCAAAUAUCUGAACUGACUUCCUCUGACAAGUGUGCCAGAGAGAUGUGGAGGACCAAUGGAGGUCAUACUUCCAGAUCUCCAUCAGCCUACUCGCCUUCUCACACAGGGACUAAUUCUUCCGGUGUGCCACUCAUUCGCACCUCUGUGAGAACAUGAUUCCUGCUCAACAAUGAGCCGUCUAUGCUUGAAUUAUUCUGUCCCGCUGUGUCCACAGGUUCUCACGUGGGACGUUGAAAGGCGACGCUAUACCUGCACGGGAGUCUCUGGCUGAGCCAAGCUCUCUUGUAGGGGCUUUGCUGUGGGGAGGAGAAAAUGUGAAUAUUCACAUUGUCUGAAGGAAUUCAGUGAACUCAGGGCUGUCUGUGUGUAGGAUGAAUAUCAUGUGCAUGUUUGAAGGAUUGCUUGAUUGAGAGCGUGUCCUGCAGCAGCUCUUUGUGGCUCUUGUUGUAUCCCGUUUGUCCUUGAAGGAGACGCAUUUUGGCUGUUCAGAUUAUUCUGCUGUUGUUAAGCAAAGGAUUUAAUUCUGUAAGUUAUAUAUAUAUAUAUAUUAUUUUUUGCACAUUUCAUCAUCUUGUAAUUAUCUUAAUUUUAAACUAAUUUGUGUGAUUUUUUUUUUUUUUUUUUUUUUUUAAACUAUUCAAUGCUUUUAAUCUAGUGGUUGUGUAUCUCAUAUUUACAGUGAUUCCAGAUGAAUGAUCAGAAAUUAUGUUCUGGGAGUUUUCAUAAUUUGCCAUAUUUCAUAUUGAUGUAAGAAGGUAUUGUGUGGCAAACAGUGUGCAUGAAGACAAUGUUCAACAUUAUGGCUUAAAUCUUCUCAUUCUAAUAUUGGGUGGAGUUUUUGUAGUGUGCCUCGUUGUACAGUAGUAAUAAGAAUGGAAAAGGAACACUUUUUUGGGGGGAAAUGAGCUUCUUUGCUAAGAGAGAGUUACAAGCUACAGCUUAGCUUGAAACAAGGGGAAACAGCUAGCCUGAAGGUAACAGAAAUACAGCAGAAGUAUAAAACCGUCAAGAUGUGUUUUUUUCUUAUGCAGCAGACUAUUCCUUGGAUACAAUUUGACAUUAUUACAGUUUUGCGUUCUGUAUAUAUUAGAGAUUAUACACAACACGUUAAUGAAUUGCCUUCAAAGGCGCUGACAGGAGUAUUUUGUCAUCUUUGGACUGAGCCGGGCUAGCUGUUUUCCACGGUUUCAGUCUUAAUGCUAAGCUAAGCUAACCGGCUAGGCGGUGGCUUCAUAUUCACCGUAGAGAUAUGAAAGUGGUAUCCUCUUGCCAAGAAAAUAAUAUUAGUUUUUUCCCCAGAAUAUAGAUUGUGAAAAUGUUUCUUUCUGUUGUGAGGUUUAUGACGUUCGUAGAGUGUGGAGCCUGUUUGUCUUUCUUCAACGCAGAUUAUUAUUAUUAGUGUAAUAACAUGAACUCGGUGUUAACUGCAGCUAGUCUAAUAUCAUGUUGACCUAUAAUGACAUCGUUCUGACUCAAGGGGCGCGUGUCUGCUUUUACUACCGCAGCCAUGCCUGCUGUGUUUGCUCCUGGGUUCUGAUGGGAAUUUGGCCAGCUGACUCAGUGGAAUGCUUCUUAUCAGCAUUAAGCUUAUGGACUCCUUUUGUAAUACCUUCAGUUAUCACACAUGGGCAUUUUGUUUUCAUUCGCACACUAGAUUUUCUCAGAAGGUUUCCUCUCACCAAGGUGUUGCACUUUGUGUUUUCUGCCAUUGAUGUGUUGGCAGGUUCUUAUAUUGACACUAACUCGUCUUUUAACUGAUUUCUUGUUGUAAAAACAAUAAAGCAAAUG